CAGUUGUUUAUUUCUUUAGAAAGACAGGUGGAUUUUCACUCUCAAGUAAUAUACGCACCAAAGAGCGCGUGAAUGUGUUCCUAGCAAGUCAGCAUUAAAGACAACGCAACACGAAUGUUUCGUCAUGGUAAGCGUUCACCACAAAAGAUGACAUUAUAAUUUCACCGUCUUGAUAGUGUCUGUCUUCACACUUGCGGAACAGAGAGGGAGACCCACGGCGCGGGGGUGUGUGGCCUCCUCUUCCCACGCACCCCUCCCCCGUCUGCCCGCUCGCUCGCUCUGCCCAAAAUGUGAAACCAAAUCCGAGCAGCAGGUCACAGAGCCUAGUUAUUUUAAAACCAACACUGAACUACCUCGACAGGACCAUGGAAGUAACGCGGAACGGGCAGUUUAAAGAAAUAAUCGUCGCCGUGAGAGAGACAGAGUAACAUGAGGGAGCGCCGCUGUGCUCGUUUAAUGUGUUUUGUUGUUGUUUUGCUGCUCGUGGGUAUCCAAUGUCUCUGCCCGUAGUUCUGCCUGGAUCUUGCUGUCGUUUAUCGGGGGCUGCUUUGGCCCAUCAGUUCGCAGACGCAUCUUACAGAAGCCGCAGACGCUGUGUGUCCGCUCUUCCGUCCCGUAUGUCUGGAUCGCAGACGCGGCUCAUCCCGGCGCUGCUGCCCGCUCGCCCGCUGCUCUCCCUCGGUUUGCUGCAGCUGGUUCUCGGCUGCUCCAUGGUGGCGCUCUCUUUCGGGGCUCUGUCCCUUAGCAACUCGCCCCCUAUUAGAAACUCCUGUCCGUUUUGGGCCGGAUCUUCUGUCAUCCUCUCUGGGAUUAUAGGACUAACCACAUGGAAACGGCCAAUGCUUCUGCUGGUAAAUCUGUUUGUAUUGCUGUCAGUGGUCUGUAUCCUGCUAAACCUGGCAGGCUUCAUCCUCUGCUGUCAGGGGGCUCAGCUGGUCUCCAGUACCAUUAACUGCCAGCUGAAUGAGAAAGGUGAUCUCUGUUACUGUUGUUCAGAGAUUCCAAGCACACAGUGCCAAGGGGACAAGUUGAUUGAGAUCUACGCAGGUCAUGCAUGUGGCACAAUGAGAAUUCUGCUCAAGAAAGUGCUGUUUGCGUUGUGUGCACUGAAUGCUUUGGCCACAGCUGUGUGUCUGGUGGCUGCUGCACUCAGAUAUCUCCAGAUCUUCUCAACCAGACGGCCCUGCAUGGAAGAGGCCAGGCCUGUUCCAGAGGAAGUGGAGGAGCAGACUCAUCUUCCUGACCCUGACGAAUUUGUCGCUCCGGCACCUCCUCCUUCAUACUUCUCCACCUUCUGCUCUUACACCCCACGCCUGGCUCGCAGGAUGUUUGGUGAUGGUAUGAUUCCUCUUCCUCAUAUAUAUGGUGCCAGAAUUAAAGGAGUGGAGGUCUUCUGUCCUCUAGACCCUCCUCCACCUUAUGAAGCUGUUGCAUCAAACCCAGCAGCACAGGCCCAGAAUACUGCGGUGCAAAUGACCGAUCUGACUGAGGUCCUGACAGAGAGUGCAGAGGCAGAGACGCCCAGUGAUGACAGGUGCCGUCAGACGGCCAUAUUGAGCCCCACACCCCCGGCACAGUCCAGACAGCCUCACAGCGCAGUCUCCUCCAGCAGAAAAGCUCACAGACCUCGCCUCCGCAGGUCCAACAGCGACCCCGUCCUGCUAGACCUGACCGCCAAAGUAAUGAGUUGUGAAGCAGCUACACAGACAGAAUUAGGUCCUGGUCCGGCUCCUGCUCCAGGCUCAGUGACUGUAACGGAGCAUGGGAUGGUGACGCUACGAAAGGGCCGUGGCAAACGUAAGCCUCGUCCCAACUCUAUGGUGGACUACCAGAGCUAUAGAGACACAAAACUGCUGGUGGCCCGUUUUCUGGAGCAGUCCUCCUGCAGCUUGACCCCUGAGGUACAGGAGCUGGUCAACAGCAUCAAAACUGUGCUGCGCUCUGAUGAGGAGCACAUGGAGGAGGCCGUUCGCUGCGCCAGCUUCAUUGACCAGGCCAUUACAGUUUCAGAGGUUGCACCAGCGCAGUCCACCCUCCGCAGGCAGACGCAGAUGGAGCUGCCGCUGCGCAAGCGUCCGGGCAUCCUUCACCUGCGCAGCUGUGGCGACCUCAGCUCCUUCACAUGGGCACAGCUGCAGGCCGGGCCGGAGCGCAGGACAGGUUCCCAUUCUGGAACUAACUCCAGGAUGCGCUCUCGGGCUGGAUCCCGUCGCAUGGGACAGGAGCGUCCACACAGCCUUAUAGGAGUCUUCCGAGAAACUGUCAUCUGAGUGACGUCUCAAACUGACUGUUAACCGAGGAUAUAGACUGUUUCAGGUGAAGGUUAUAGUGAACAUCACAACAUGAAGGAAGCUAAGCUUUGUAUAAAGUACAGAUGAGUACAGAUCACUUCGUUUUUAAAACAUCUGUUUUUGUUGUCAGUGCGUGUACUGAAUAUUAUUCAUUUUUAACCUUUUCAGUUGGAGCUGUUGGGAUUUACUGAUGUUUCUUUUUAUUUUUUUCACAUUAUGCAUUAUGAUAAAACA